AACAGUUUAUCUUCUAACCCGGCGGUCAUUGGAGGAAGGCGAGUGACCUGGACAUAGCUUGAGCAUCGGAAGAGUAAUUACCUUUUCUCUAUUACCGGUGAAGCUUUGGGACUCUGAGACACUUGCUGCUGGAUAAUGAAGCACUGAAAUAAUGGAAGCAGAGGUUUUAGCACUCAAGUGGAACAACCACCAGAGUAUAUUUUAUCACAUCAUUAGUGGACUGAGAACAAAGGGAAACUACACUGAUGUGACGCUAGCAUGUGAUGGCAAGUUCUAUCCCGUCCACAAACUAGUUCUGUCCACAUGCAGUGAAUAUUUCAGUGACAUAUUCGACCGCACACCAUGUAAAAACCCCGUGAUUGUUUUAAAAGACAUCCAGUGCCAAGAUUUAGAGUUCCUGUUGGACUAUAUGUACAUUGGUGAGGUCAACGUCAGACAGAAUGACCUCGCCUCGCUCAUCAAGGCUGCUGAGUGCCUGAGGAUAAAGGGUCUAGCCGUGCCCGAUGACGAUGGCAGCAAACCCCAAACCCCGAGUGUCAACAACUCUGGCUCCACCCACCACCGACCCUCCGACUCCCACUCCCGGGACCACACCAGCCCAGCAGCCAAGCGACGCCGCACUGACGAGAGGAGAGUGAGCGUCUCCUCUGUGGAUGCCUUGCCACACAACCCUCCCUCAGGCGACAGGUCCAGUGAGGAACCCACCUCCCUCAAUGACCACCAUGACAGACACCUGCACCACACUCAGCAGAAGGAAAAUGUUGGUGUGGAGGUCAGACUGGAGGCAGAGGAACCAGCAGCCAUCCCUAACAUCAAGUUAGAACAAGACCUUGGCUACAAUGACAACUACGAUGCCUCCAUGCAGUCGGGCACAGCCAGUUAUGACGAGGACGGCUACUUGCACACUGCUGAGAAGAACAAUGUCAAUGCUAAGGUGGAGGUGGAGGCGACAUCAGAGGGUAUGGAAGACGACCUGGGUGUUACCUUCUCUAACAUGCUGCAGUCAUCCAUCUCAAGCACAGAUGGUGUUGAUCACCCCCCUGGUCUUCAUCCUCAUGCAAGUCUAGAUGGAUGGGAAGGCGGGGCAGGAGGUCGUGUCAUUCCGGGCCACACCCUGCAGCCCUCCUCCGCCGCCCACACCACACCACUCGCCACACAGCAGCAGCAAAAGUUUGGCAGUGGUGGGGAGCUUCACUGUCCAAUCUGUGGACGGGCAAGCAGCCGGAGGGACAACCUGGAGAGGCACAUCCGGAGCCAUUUAGGAGACAAGCCGUUCAAAUGCCCCUUCUGUUCCUUCCGCUCCCAACUCAAGUGGAACAUGAAGUCCCACAUAGAGAGGAGACACCCUCAGAACUGUGCCACGCCUCACCAGCAAUGACAUCCUUCCAACAAACGCAACUCAUAGAAUAGUAGUAGCAGUUUACCAGACUAGUAUUUUUAGCCAGAAAAUCAAAUGCUACCGGCCAGAGCUUGAUUCUCAUCUUGUGUUUGCAGCACAAAAGUUUUACCAUUACAGCAACUCUUAAUGAUAUUCUGCAAGUUAAAAGUUAUAUAUAUAUUUAUGUUAAGGAAUUUACUGUAAACAUCUUAAAAGGAUGGUAUUCUUAUGGCACAUUGCCAUUUGUACGAAAUAUAUGUGUGAUGAAGCUGAUUCACUCUGCCACCAGUGUUUCUGCAGUCUAGGCUUCCAAGUAGCUUUCUGAGGUGAGGAACUUGACCAGUGGUCUAUUGUCUCAGUGACACGGGAAGCAUGUGUUCAGGCAAGGUGGCACACUAUGCUAUUUAUUUUUUAUAAGUAUCCUAAGUUACUGAGAGUCUCACAUUUUUUUAUCAAAAUGUAGAUACUUUUAAUUUCAUUCAAUUUUUAAAAAAUUUCAUUAAUUUUCUAUUUUACAAGUUUUACCAGAAGCCAUUUUGAUAAGGAGGUUAAUUCCUUUAGUGGUAGCUUAUCCAGUUGUGGCUUCUGUCCCUGGUGCAGAAUGAAUAGGGACAGCUGCACUGGCCCCAGUACCACUUGUGGGGACUACUCAUUGUCAUAGUUGCUGUCAUCUUAAGCUAUGACAAGCAUGCACCUCCCCAUCUUCAUAUUUGUAAUUAUAUCAUCAUAGUCCUUUUACUUUACCAGAAAAGAUUUUUUCUGCAGCACUAAAUCAUUACAAAGAAUAACCACAAAUGUUACGGUGAUCCCUACAAGUAAAAAUUUUUUAGUCAAUGAUGUGAGGACAAUAAGGCAAGGUGCAACAUUCAAGACAAUGGAUAAAUGCAAUCCCCAGCUUCUAGUUAUUGAUGAGGCAGUCUAUAGGGGAGGAUGUAUGGAUGAGUAGGCUUUGAAGUGUCUGUCUGAAGCAAGGACUGUACUCAGACCCACAGACUUGCUGCAGUGCGCUAAUUUUUCCUCUGUAGGUAAUGAGAGCAGUGAGGCAUUACAGCUGGCUGGAAUGGCUCAAACAAAGCAAUAAUUUCUUCAGUGUUUUAGAGCUAUGGAUAGAGCCACCAUAUAAAGUGUACUAAUCUGGCCACAUCAUCCUAUAAAGUGUACCAAUCAGGCCACACCAUUCUAUAAAGUGCACCAAUCAGGCCACAUCACCCAAUCAAGUGUAUCAGGCCACAUUGGUUUCAGAAAAUUCUCAAGGAAGUGUACAUUGUUGUGAGAGCAGGGUACAUACACAGUCAUCUGUAGUGAACACUGCAGACUGCUGGUUGUCACUGUGUGUUAGUGUAAGUCUCCUGGGGAGUUGAGUGGAUAACAUUCGUGCAUUCUCAUCUGUGAUCAGGCCUGAGGAUCUCUAUCCUGUCGUCAUUCAUUCAGAAUUUAGACAUUACUAUUAAGCAGUGCAGUGACUCAGUAUAACCUCACCAUGUUAAAGAUCAAUCAAAGUGAACUUCAAACUUAGUACAAAAUUUAAUGUGGAAGUUGAUUAUUACUAUAUAUAAAGUAUGUGGUAGGCUUAGUACAAAAUUUGAUGUGGAAGUUAAUCAUACUAUUUAAAUAAUUAGGCUUAGGCAAGGGAAAACAAAACAUUUAUUUGUACAAUUGUAUGAGCACUUUAAUGCUAUUAAUUAAUAUAAGAUUAGUUAACUUAUUGAUAUUUUCUAUUUAUGUAUUCUUUUAAUGGCAACCGUAUAGGAAGCUGGUACUCACUGUGACCCACAUCUUUCACUGGGACAGAGCAGAGGCUUUCUCCAGUGGGAACCUGCAGCAGCUGGUGACAAUGUUGGAAAUUUCUGUCACAUCAGAGUUACCUGAGCCAUGUGUAGCUCCUGAACACCUUCCAAUCACUGUCUUUAAAUACUAAGAUUAGUUUUUAAUCUUACACUCAAGCCAAUCGCUGUUAAAAGAUAUAUUUUAUGUACAAUAGUGAAAAUGUAACUGAAUAACGAAAACUGUGUGUAGCUGUUCAAAGCAUCUCAUAUAGAAACUUAACAACUAAAACCUAUGUACAUUAUCUUUGCUUAACAGGAAACAAUCUCAGUGUGUUUCCAGAACUGUCAACAUUCCAUUAUAUCCCUCCUAUUCCCUAAGGCAGCUGAAUUUUUAGUUUUGUACUUUUAACAUAGGGUAAUGCAAUUUUGUGUUCCAUUGUGGAGAUGCAGUUUGGCAAAUAAGAGCUGGUAAAACACAGGCCAAAGGUGGUAGUUCAGCAUGCAUGCUGUGUAGCUUGUCACUGCUGCUCAUGUAUCUGUUUAAACAUUUUGAUGGCAAUAUUUGUAACGUUCUUCAACCCUUGAGUGAAGCAGUUCCAUAAAGUAGACCAAUUCACAGUUGCAAAAGUGAAGAGUUGUUAUUGUGAAGCACAACAGGUAGUACAGAACUUGCUGAAUCUAUGUUGGCCAUUCAGCACUAUUCAAACAGGAGAGUAGACAAGAAUCUACAUGCUAAUUCUCAUGCUAGGGCUUCCACAGGGACCAUAUUACCCACAAGCCAAGCAACAGUACUCAUUAGUGUUGCAAAACCAUGAUUGGCUGUACCACAAAAUUUUAAUUGACUAUGAAAUUUGGUUGUUUCAUCACUUCAUUUCUUUAAUGGUUUUGUAAAUUUUUUACAUAACAAUAUAUAAAAUCUUACUUGCUUUUGUUCCUUCCAUUUACAAAUGCUCUGUAACAAUAACUGCCAGAGGAUAUCUGAUGUGAAUUUUGGCAUCUAUAAAGUGUUUUCUAGACAAAGCUGUAAUGAUGUUCUGAAAACUGGUGAUAUAUUCUGUAUAUUGCCUGCACAAUAUUUAAUAUACAUAUAUGUACAAGGCAGCUUGAAAUCCAUCCCAGUAGUGCAGCGUUAGCCGUUACUGUCUUAUAUUAACAAGUAAGGCAAGUGCAGCUUAGUGUUCUUUCACUACUUUCAAAAUUUUUAAGUUUACUUUUGACUCAAACCCUGAGAGCCAUGAUUGACAAGAAUAUUAAAACUCAAAACUGUUACAAAGGUAAAAUAAAAUAGAUGCAGAUGUUUAACUAGCCAGCUCACCAAACCCUCAGUUCAUCAAAAUGGCAACAAUAUUCUUAGCUAUGUUUUUGUUCCUUGACAAAGCUGAAAGACUUCCAAAUCCGAAAGACUUUGACAUCUCUUAAUUCUGCCAAAUGAAAACUUUUGUCAGUACAUUUGGCCUGUAAUUGUACAAUUCCUCUCAAGCUAAUGGUGUUCGUAUGCACCAGGUUCUUCCUCAGCUUUAUGCCUUGUAUCUUCACACAUCCUGUUAGUAUAACAGUGCUUCCUUCUGAAAUUAAGUUCAUUUGUAUGUGAAAAGAAUGAAAAUAUUAUAGGUAAGGUCAUGGUCACACAAGAUGACUAUCCUUCAUUUGCUUCCACUUUGCUUUGUAUUUUCUCUCAACCUUAAUUACUCUCAUCUGUGAGUCUCCCGACAACACUAAGCAGAUUGGAGUAUGCAACACUGAGGGCAAACACUAAACACAUUGGAAGUGAGUGGAGUGCGGUGUGACUGUUGACCAUGACUACACAUACACAACUUAUUUUCAUAAACUAGAGGGUCAUAACUUAAGAGAAACUGCCAGCGUCUGUCAAUCUUGGCCUCCAUAGAUGACUCCCAAGAAGUGUAUUAUUUCAAUGAAUGAAAACUUGCAGCUCAAAGUUUGAUUAAAGUACAUUACUUAUUAUUUUUAAACUCAGUGUCAUUUUAUGACUGGGAAAUGUUGUACUCUUAUCAGUUAGAAUGAAAGUGUGAUUUUAUCAAUGUAAAUAAAAUGACAGGUGGUAUUUAUUUUUGAGUAUUGGAUAAGAGAAGUGUGAGUAGAGAAGACGGUGGAGCACUCACCAAAGAACAUGUUAACUUGGUAAGAAACAUAGAUGAUACAUGUACUUAAAAGUUUAGUUUCACAAACCUAUGUUCUUGUCACCUAUGAAGGUAGUUGCCAAAUAAAGACAUGUUUCUUU